AUGUGUGUUGGUCAAAAGCAGGGCUCGUCCACGGCUGCAGUCCUGGCCUUGCUGCAGGCCAUGAAGCAAGAGGGGGCCUUGCGCAAACAGAAGUCCGCUCUCUCCGUGGCUUUUGAUGUGGUGGUGAAGCCCAUGAGGCCCACAUUCCUGCAGCUGAGUAAAGAAAAAGAGUCGGAGCCGAAUGUGUACACGUGUAGCGCAGCAGUUAGCGCCUGUGUGCGGGGCGCUGAGUGGGUGCGAGUCUUUGACCGCACCUUAAAGUGGAGCCCUGAGCACUUUCAGAUCGAUGUGGGAGCAGAAAGUGCCCCGGCCUGGGCGAAAGAUGAGGGGAAGGGAGCGCAGUGGAGGGAAGCUUUGGAUCUCCUCGACCAACUAAGCGACCUGGCCAAGUCAGAAAGGUCCCGCUUGGCACUCCUGUUCGGAUCAACUCGGGCCUUCCAGGAAAAAGUUGCCAUUGUUCUGGGCAAGUUUCAAUUCUCGUUGGAGACGCUUCUCGUUGUGAUGUUAGUGGAGGUGGAGGAGCUAACCACUGUACGGGCACUGAAGCUACAUCUGCAGACCCUACCUGAAGUGGGCGUGCCGCGAUUUCGUCAACGGCUCCUUCAUGAGGGCAGGAACUUGGAGGAUGAUGAAGCCUUGUCUGCCGCCAUGGACCUGCAGUUCGUACUGCUGCCUUUUGCCGAGAUCUCCCGAGAACGGGAAGAGGUAGACCAGCUAAUUGUUGCGUGUCAGAAUGGGAAUGCAUCGGAAGUUGAGGAGAUCCUGAAAAGACCGCAGUGGCCUGACUACAUCAGCGGAAGCCACCGAGACACGCCAAUGACUGCGGCCAGCGGCCGGGGUUUUCCGGAAAUUGUGAGCUUACUCCUGGAAGCUGCAGCAGACAUCAACAAGAACUGCGCUAUUUACCGCAAGGACACUCCUCUAGGCGCAGCUACGUCGAAUGGCCAACUCGAGGUUGUGCAGCUUCUGCUUGAGAAGGGCGCGAACCGACAUAAACGCAGCGGGGCACUGGACGAGACACCUCUGGAACUGGCAUGUCAGAGAGGUGAGACAGAGAUCGUGCGCCUGUUGCUGGAGGAUGUUUCCAGUCCGGACCACUUGGCCAAAGCCUUUCUGUAUGCUGCUGAGGGCCAUGCGAGCGUCAUACGCCAGUUGCUCGCCGCCAGAGCUGACAUCGAUAGACGGACUCAGGGCCAAACGGCUUUGGUGCAAGCGUGCCGGAAAGGUCACAAGGAGGUGGUGCGCACCCUCUUGGCGGCAGGUGCCGACAAGGACAAACCGGGCUCAGGCUCCCCGCUCUACGAGGCAUGCAGAAACGACCACGCUGAGAUCAUGGGUCUACUGCUUGAGGCUGGCGCUCACCCAGAUAGAGGCGCACCGUUAUCCUGGGCUAGUUCUGCUGGAAAGACCGAGAUGGUCCGAGCGUUGCUGUCCGCCCGCGCAGAUGUCAAUGGAGCAUUUGGACUUCAGGUCAGCAAUAGCCCAUUGCUUGAGGCAGUUCGGAAGGAUCAGGCUGAAGUGGUGCAGCUGCUGUUGGAGGCACGGGCUGAUCCAAACAGAACUCAGAAGCCUCACAUCGAGACAGCACUGGGAGACGCUUCCAAGCGUGGAAACUCCAUAAUUGUGAAGUCGCUUUUGCGGGCGCGUGCCGACCAAGACAGGCUAUGCUCCCCUCAAGAUGAAACGCCCUUGGGUCGCGCGUGUGACCAUGGACACCACGAGAUUGUUGUUUCGCUGCUGGGUGCUCGUGCAAGCUGCAACCAGACCAGCCGAGAGUCAACACCUCUGCUGCUGGCAUCGACAGGCAACCACACGGACACUGUGCGCUUGCUGUUAGCGGCCAAUGCUGAUGCGAACGCAAUUGGCAAGGACAAAGUUGGACGAGGCGAAACAGCGCUAGGCAUGGCCAGCGGGAAAGGCAACGUGGACAUUGCGCGCAUGCUGCUGGGAGCAUCUGCAGACACAGAGAAGCUGGGUCGUUCGGAUGGGCCAACGCCCUUGG